GGAACAUCUUGGCCGGACUGAAAGCUGGAUUAUCUACAUUAGGACACAUCUUGGCCGGACUGAAAGCUGGAUUAUCUGUAUUAGGACACAUCUUGGCCGGACUGAAAGCUGGAUUAUCUGUAUUAGGAACAUCUUGGCCGGACUGAAGGCUGGAUUAACUACAUCUGGAACAUCUUGGCCGGACUGAAGGCUGGAUUAACUACAUCUGGAACAUCUUGGCCAGACUGAAGGCUGGAUUAACUACAUCUGGAACAUCUUGGCCAGACUGAAGGCUGGAUUAACUACAUCUGGAACAUCUUGGCCGGACUGAAAGCUGGAUUAACUACAUUAGGAACAUCUUGGCCGGACUGGUGGAUGCUGAAGAACAAUGCACAUAUACUGUAGUAAUGAAAUGUAUAUCGUGUUAUCCAAGUUUCACACGCCUACAAAGACAGUGACGAUCAAUAGUAAUAGUAGUUACAAUCUUUGAAAAAAGAACUUUUAGUUGUAGAAAGCCAAAUAUGGGAAGAGAUCACGAUCUCCUGAAACACGUCAAACACAACGACAUUGACAAGGUUCAGAAACUAUUGACCUGCCACAAAAAGCACCAUCAUCCUACUGCUGUUAAAGGAGACGGCGAAGCUCUUCAAAAAGAACGAGAUGUGUUGCUUGACUUACAAAAGAAAGAAAGUGUUUCCCACGUGGACAUCAACUGUCACGAGCCAAACACGGGGUCGACACCUCUUAUCCUAGCCACGUUAAAUGGCAAUCAAGACCUGUGUUCUUUACUUCUUCAUUUUGGAGCUGACGUAAAUGCUACAGAUUCAAAAGGGUAA